AUGUCUUUCUAUUCUCAGUGGUACGAACAAAAUGUUUGCCUUCGCGGUAACAGCAGUAAUGGAGAUGUGGAUGGUUCUAUUCGUCCAACAUUAUCAAGAGCAGGAAGCUUUGAAGCAGUCCAAGCUGAUUUGACUGCCGCUCACGUCACUGUUUCUUCAAUUAAAAACAGACUAGUUUAUAACAUUGAAUAUAAACGCAAAGAAGGUUCAACCAAAUCACCCUCCCAUUCAAAGCAAAGUUCUAGUGUGAGAAAACUUCAUACCAGGGAAAAUAGCGUUUCUUCUACAAAUCUUAGGACAUCCUCACCACAUGUUGGUGCUGCUGCUUGUAGUGUAGUUGCUAGAUUUCAAAAUAACCACUCUAGACGUCACACCCGUCAAGGAAGUUCCGUAUCUGAAAAUUUAAUUACCACUGGUCAAAUUUCAUCAGAUUCUUUAUGGGAUGAUUGGAUCGUAAAAUAUAUUAAUGAAGAUAAAAAGGCCACAGUCGUCGAAGAUGAUAAUAUGGAUGACUGGAUAUUCGAAAGAAUGUAA